UUAUAAUAUUUUUGGUAGAAGCUCUUUCUUUCGAGGGAAAAAAAUCAGAAAAAAUGGGAAGCGAUAGGAAGUCGAAGGAGGAGAAGAAGAGCAAGAAGCGAGCAACAACUUAUUCUUCUGCCUCCGAAGAUGAAGGAAGAAGCAAAAGACGGAGAAGUGGAGAACGAGAGGAGAGGAAGAAAAGGAGUGACAAGAAAGAGGAAAAGAAGAAUAAGAAAUCUCAUAAGCACCGCUCUGGUAAAGAGGAAAAAUCAAAGGAUAAGCACAAAAGUAAGCAUCACAAAGGUGAAGACCAUUUGAAAAAUGGGUUCCAAAAGCUAUCCAGUGAUGACUAUUUCUCUAAGAACAAUGAGUUCGCUACCUGGCUAAAAGAAGAAAAGAACAUGUUUUUCUCUGAGCUUUCAUCCGAGUCUGCACGGGAACUGUUCUCGGUCUUUGUCAAAGACUGGAACAACCAGAGGCUAGAACUCCGAUACUAUGAAGGCAUUGUUAGUGGACCACGAUCUGCACAUAACUGGAAAAUCAAAUAGUUACCUGGGGGGAAAAUUGGAGAAUCGACCAGCAGCUUGAUCUAUGAUUGUUCUUUUUGCUUUUGUUGUCCUCUGUCUAUGUUUAUGCUGAUUUUGGCAGUCUAAAAGAUGUAUUUUGUAAUUUCAUUGGAUACAUGCAACUAGUUUCUUGUUAGAUAAUGUUAUCAGUUUUAGUUAUGAGAAUUACUCAUGUCAGUCUUUUUGGAUAUGACAUUUUUAUUUACUCAACUCUCAGUU